AUGUCCAUGAGCACGAGCUCCGCAGACUCCCUCCACAAGAAGAGGCUGAAGAAGAGCCGCACCGAGUUCCACCUGGUCCAGGUGAAGAGCACCUGGAAGCGCAGGACGGCCAAGAGCGUCGCUCAGAAGGAGCACAACAGACAGUCCGCAGCCAAAAUCUAUGAAAGUGCCACCGAGGAUGAAGUCUCCUGGACAGUGGUCAGUCCUAUUAUCUUCACCUACAAAGUGAUCCAGUCCCAGAACCUGCUCCACCCCAGCAACGACACACUACUGAGUGGUCACAUUAGGGACCCCCAGCAACUGGAGGCAUUCAGGAGCGGCGAGAAGCGCCUCAAACGCUUUGUGGUCAUCGACGAGACGGUCAACAACCUCUAUGGCUGCCAAGUGGCUGAUUACUUUGAGGCCAGAAAUGUACUGUAUAGGAUCCUCCCGCUGCCCACUACAGAGGAGAACAAGUCCAUGGAGAUGGUGAUGAUGAUCUUGGAAGAGGUCCACAAGUUUGGCAUCGACAGGCGUACGGAGCCCAUCAUUGCCAUUGGGGGUGGGGUGUGCCUGGACAUUGUUGGCCUAGCGGCUUCCCUCUACAGGAGGCGCACCCCUUAUAUCCGAGUCCCCACCACGCUGCUGUCCUACAUAGAUGCCAGUGUGGGCGCAAAGACUGGGGUCAACUUUGCCAACUGUAAAAAUAAGCUGGGCGGCUACAUUCCCCCUGUAGCUGCAUUUUUAGACAGAUCGUUCAUAGAAACCCUUCCUAGACGGCACAUCUCCAAUGGCCUAGCAGAAAUGCUAAAGAUGGCUCUGAUGAAACACAGAGGCCUGUUUGAGCUGAUGGAGACCCAGGGCAGGUUCCUGCUGGACUCUCGCUUCCAGUCCACCUACAAAUUGGAUGGCCACAAUGACGCUGCGUCGUUGUCCACCAGGGUUGCCAUAGAAACCAUGCUAGAAGAGCUGGCCCCGAACUUGUGGGAGGACGACCUGGACAGACUGGUGGACUUCGGUCACCUCAUCAGUCCAGAACUAGAAAUGAAGGUCCUGCCAGCGCUGCUGCACGGGGAAGCGGUGAACAUCGACAUGUCCUUCAUGGUUUAUGUCUCCCGGGAGCGGGGUCUCCUCACGGAGGACGAGAAGUUCCGCAUCAUCCGCUGCAUGCUGGAACUGGAGCUGCCCGUGUGGCACGAGGACUGCACGCUCGCCCUGGUGCGCAAUGCCCUCAGCGAGCGGCUGCAGCAUUCGGGCGGCCUGCUGAGGAUGCCCCUCCCCACAGGCAUGGGACGUGCAGAAAUCUUCAACGACACCAGCGACGAGACCCUGUACAAGGCGUUUGAGAAGUGGUGCGAUGAACUCAGCGGAGACCGCACGGAAAAUAGCCAGGCUGUGACACUGAACCUGUCUUAG